CACACCCGCCCCUACCCUUGCGUAUUUUCCGCUUCUGUACGUCCCCCGGCUCAUUUUGACUUGUGCACUCCAUGUGGCCGCUACGUUUGAGGUGUGCAAACCGAACACAGGUCGCCAAUCCGGUGUAGCGCGUCGGAACAUCUCGUACCCAGGACGUGACGUACGCCGCACUGUAAUCAUCUAGCAGGAACCGGCGUUCUUUAGUUCACUUUCCCAUGUUGGAUAUUUAUUUUUAAACAAGAGGCACAAGAAAAUCGUCACUGGAAUGCCCACAAGAAGACAUGACAACUGAUCAGGAUCUUUCUAUGGACGGGGCCUUGGCUGCUGCUGUGUUUGCUGCAAAGGGCAUUGAUGUAACACCGAAAAAAGACCAAGGAAUAAUCAAGGUUUUCAAGCGUCAUGGGCAUGACGGAGAGUGCCCAAUGAUAGGGGACAGAGUGACAAUCCAUUACACGGGAAGUCUCCUCACUGGGAAGAAGUUUGACUGUAGCCGGGAUCGUAAAGAGUCCUUUUCGUUCAAUGUUGGCAAGGGACAGGUCCUCAAAGCAUGGGAUAUCGGCGUGUUAUCGAUGCAAAGAGGAGAGGUGUGCACUUUGCUGUGUAAGCCGGAGUACGCUUAUGGCUCCGCUGGAAAUCCAGACAAAAUUCCUCCCAACUCGUCAGUACUUUUUGAGAUAGAAUUGCUCAAGUUCGAAUUAGGAGAGACGCUUACAGAUGAUGGUGGCAUCAUACGAAGAAUAAAGGUCAAAGGGGAUAGCUACUUGAAUCCCAAUGAUGGCUCAGUCGUAGAUGUGCAUCUGGAGGGAAGCUGUGACAGUCGACUGUUUGACAUCAGGGACGUCAGCUUUGUUGUCAGUGAGUCAGAGGAUAAAGGUGUUCCUCUGGGCGUGGACCGUGCCAUGGAUAAGAUACAGAAAGGAGAAUGUUGCAUACUCUACUUAUCAUCAAAGUAUGGCUUUGGACGCAAAGGAAAACCAGAAUUCGAAAUUGGGCCAGACAAAGACGUUGUAUAUGAGGUUACGCUCAAAGAUUUUAAAAGGGCGAAAGAACCCUGGGAAAUGGAUUUGCAUGAAAAGCUCAAAUUAGCCUCAGAAAUCAAGCAUAAAGGAAAUCAGUAUUAUAAGGCAGGACACUACUACCAUGCUGUCAUCCAGUACCAGCGCAUUGUUUCCUGGCUCGAGAUGGAGUUUGGUAAAGCCCUGGAGCAGCAGAAGAUGAUUAAUGACUUUCUUUUGUCGUCCCACCUCAAUUUAGCGCUGUGUUUCCUGCGCAUUCAAGAUUUCUCUCUGGUAGUGGAGAACUGCAACAAGGUGAUCAAUCUCGACGCGAGCAACGAGAAGGCCUUGUAUCGCCGUGGCGAGGCCCGUCUCCGCCGAAACGAGUUCAGCCUGGCCAUGGCGGAUUUUCAACUUGUGCUGCAAGUCAAUCCUGCUAAUCGAGCUGCUCACCAUCAGAUUUCUACCUGCCAAAGCAAGAUGAAGGAAUAUCACGAGCUGGACAAGAAGACUUACGCCAACAUGUUCCAGAAAUUUGCAGAACGUGACACCAAGGAUGGGAGGACAAAGAGGAAGCGGGACGAGAGCGUGAGGAGCAGCAAGAACAAUGAACUGGGCAUUAAACGACGACGGAGUCAGGACCGCCUGUCAUGCCAGUGAUGUCUGCAAGAGAAGGGACACGUCGCAGCCUCCAUGCCACCAACUCCAAUAUGCCCAUUCCAAAGCAGAGUACACAUUUCUCUUUCAUGGGAGAGCAUAACUUCGUGGACACACCUGUGAGUGGCUUCAAGACAGCUCAUCUUGGCCUGUUUUUCAAAUUCAAACAUGAGUUACCGCCAUCUUGUAUGGCUCUGAAGAUGGGAUGAGAUGUGCCUCAUCGGUGUAUGUUCACAUCUUCAAACAUGGAUUUCCAGGGUCUGAUGGACCAUGUCAACAUUGGCUGUUUUGGACUGAGACUUGAAUCUAAAAUGCAUUUUGUUCAUAGGAUAACAUCUGUAAGCGAUGUGUGCAAAGACAGUUUCAAAUUAAACAGUUAAUAGUGUUCUUCUCUGCAAAAUUCCUUGAGGAAAAUUGAUAAAUUAUUUGUCUCAUCUAAAAUAUUAAAUUAUGCAUCGUUGCAUUGUUCCUAAAUCAGGUAACACUAACGAGAAAUAAGCACAAAUGAAAGCCAAAACGAAAUAGAGUAACCUGUCAUCUGAAUUUUCAACUAACAUAUUUGGUCACUACUAGAGGAGUAACAAAAAACAAUUUGAAUCAGAAAUCGAUUUUGAUUAAAAAAAAAAAGCCAGUGCAUCGAUUCAAACCAAAUCGAAUUGUUCUACAUUGAAAUCGAUCAUCGAAUCGUAUCUUACACCAUAUAUCGAGAUAUGUAUCGAAUCACCUCUUCUUGGAGAGAUGCACAUGCCUUGUCAGUCACCACAGCAAUUUAAUUAAUUCACCAGAUUACUUGAGGUGAAAAAUGACAAAACACAGAUAAAAUAAUUAUUCGUAACUAAUUAUUGUUAACACACA